UUUUCAUUUUUGUUUUUCCGUUUUGGAACAGGUCGAUCAGAUGUCAGUAUAAUUUUCAACAUGCUGCAAACCGGGAAUUAACUGGGUGCAACCGAGUUUAACCGGGACACCGGGGGAUGGAGACCUUUAGUAAAUUGAGCAGCAUGCUGCUGCACGCGCUGGAGACGAGGGAGCCCACAGUCGACCUGUUGGAGUCCUUUGUGAAUCAUUGGAAAUCGAUAACUAAUUAUUACAUCAAGACCACAGAUGACUCGCGUCCUGUGAGACAGACUGAGAUCCCCUGGUGUCUCAGACAGAUGCUGGACAUCCUGGUGUACGAAGAGAAGCAGCAGGUGGCGGAGACGGGAGCCUGCCUGGAGUAUCUGCUACAACACAAACUGUUGGAGACUCUGUGCACUCUGGGUAAAGCUCAGUAUCCUCCCGGUAUGGUCCAGCAGGUCUUGUUGUUCUUCUCUAAGUUCUUGUCUCAGAUCCAGAAGCCUCUGCUCCAGCUGGUGAACGUCUACAGGCCUGUUCAGAAGCUGAUUGGUCUCUGUGCACUUCCUGGUUCCCAGACUGAGGUGGAGGAGGCACAGUUCUUAUUGGUUGUCUGCUCUAGGGUUAAACAGGACCCGCCCACGCUCAAAAACAUCUUACAGAUUGUGGAUUCUCCAGCAGCCAGGGCACUGGCUUCUGACCAAUCACAUUCCGACACACAAUCCUCCAACCACAGGAUUGAGCCAACGCCACCCCCCAGCCAAUCAGAUUCAUCCACCAGCAGCAGCGUCCAAUCAGAGUCCGGUCUGCUUUGGGCUCUGCUUCAGCUCACCAGCAGUGCGAGGGGAUCUGUGGCUCUGAAGGCCUUUGAAGGCCUCUUGCUGCUCUCAGCUCUCCAGGCUGAACCUUCAGGGGAGAUUUUGUCUGAUCAAACCUUGCUAGGAGAGCUGCUGGCUGGGAGGCUUCUUCAGCUCUACUCCCUUCUGCCUAUGGAGGAUCUGGAUCCUGGAGAGGUGCAGAGCUGGCCCCACAAACCAUGGAGCUCUCAGUUCUCUCACUGGAGGUCUGAUCUCAGGUCAGCCUCUGAUCACAUGACCAACUUCUUCUCUUGGUUGGACUUCCUGGAUCACCUGAUGGAAGAAGCACCUCAGGUGUUAGCAUUGAAGCUAGCUCGAUGUGUUCAUCAGAUUUGGAUGUUUGACAUUCUUCAGCCUCAACUUCUACACACGUGUGAGCAGGUGGUCCUGGUCUCCACCUCCAUCCUGUGUGUAGCUGUGAGGUUCGUCCGGUCGAGGUCUCUGCUGGACCAGCUGGUUCACUUCCUGCUGAGGACAAACACACUGAGUCCUCUGCUGCUGCAGCGCUGUGACCACAUCUCAGACCAGAUCAGUUUUGCGUCUCUGUCUCUGGUGGACGAGCUGCUACAGAAGCCUCACGAGGACAUCCUGGAUGUGCUGGUGUUGAGUUUCCUGCAGAGUCGUGGUUACGUGUCUCCACAGGAGGACAAGUGGACCGAGAGCAACGAGGCCCACGAGGACAGCAAUGGUCUGGAGGAGGACCCAUUCUUUUCAGAAAGCUUGUUCUCAGAAAGUCAGCUGCUCCCUGCUCCUCCUCCUCGCUGCUCCUCUUCCUCUGCUCCUCUCCCUGGUCUGGGAUCAGCUGCUGAUGUUGUCAACAGCUUCCUGUGUCUGGUUCCUGUUCAGGUUCGAUCAGCUCAGCUCUUCCAGGAAGGCGGCUACGAGUCCUACGUCCACGACGCCCACACGCAGGUGACGGAGUGUCGCUCUCUCUCUCUGUCCUGGGAUUGGCCCCCCAGUCUGCCUGCACCCUCCUCCGCUGAGGGGGAGGAGUUCUUCGAAGGUCCUCUGCUCAAGGUCCUGUUUGACCGACUGGGACGCGUCCUGGAGCAGCCCUACGAGUUGAACCUCAAACUGACUGCAGUUCUCUCCAGACUUUCAUCCUUCAGCCAUCCGCUGCUCCACGAGUACCUGCUCAACCCCUACGUCCACCUGUCUCACUGCUCCAGGUCGCUGUUCUCUGUCCUCAUCAGGUUGAUGGGAGAGUUGAUGCAGAGGAUCCAGCGAGUUCCUGAUCUCACCGACAGACUGCUGAACACCAGGAGAGACCUGCUGGGCCUCAACACCACCACCAGCAGACUGGAGCACGUGACCCUGCUGAGAGGACUCGUCGUCCUUGAGGAGUUCUGUAAGGAGCUCGCUGCCAUUGCCUUUGUUAAACUGGGUCGGCCUUGAGAAAGUCAUUGAAUACUCGUUGUCUCUGCUUUAGUCAGCUGUCUCCCCUCACACUGUGAUGUCACGGUGACAUCAUUGUGACGUCACAGCUUGCACUCAAGCAGCUAUAUUGAGUCGUGUAUUUCUAUCAGAUCAAAGGUGUCAUCACUAGUUCUUCUUCCCAGAGUUCUAACUAUGCAAUUAUCUAGGAUUGUUAUUGAUAAUAGAUCAACCAUCGACAGUAAGAUGACCUCUGACCUUUGACUUUUACUCUCUCCUGCCGCCUCAGGGCUAAGUGAUAUUAACUUUAAUAUUUAAAUGCAUUCUUUUCCCAAAAGAUGAACCAAUGUCAUUUUAAUUUGUUCUCGUCAAUAAACAGAGAAUCAGACUUUUAUUCCUGUUGAUUGUCACCUUCAUUCAAAUUUAUUGAUCCUUAACAAUUCAAUUCAUUUUAUUUUGUAAAGCCCAAAACGCAAAUUACAAAUUAGCCUUAGAGGGCUUUACAGUCUGUACACAUGAGGAGGAUCCCUCUCCCGGGAUGGACAGACUGACAUGGAUGUCAUGUGUACAGAAUCAACAAUGUAAAAGAUGUACAACACAAUCAUGAAAAUGUUUUAUAUGAAAUAUUAAAAUGUAUUCUUCAUGA